UUCACUCGGCCACCGUCCGCAGGGCGGUAGGGAGUAUUUUGUCCUCCUGCCGCCGCCGUCCGGGUUAUUAGUCACCGGGUUCCCGGCCGCCGGAACGUGGGGCUUGCGGGAGCCGGCUGCCGUUGCCGGCACCAUGGAGUCACCUCUUAGCCCGGGCUUCUCUCACCGAGCCGAUGAGGAUUGGGAUUCUACACUGUUUGCUGAACUUGGCUAUUUCACAGACACUGAUGAUCUGCAAUUGGAUGCAGCAAAGGAAACUUACGAAAACAAUUUUGAUAGUCUUGAUUUUGACUUGGAUUUGAUGCCUUGGGAAACAGGCAUUUGGGACAUCAAUAACCAGCUCUGUACAGUUAAAGAUGUUAAGGCAGAACCUCAGCCACUUUCUCCAGCCUCCUCAAGUUGUUCAGUCUCCUCUCCUCAGUCAAUGGACUCUUACUCUUCAACUCAGCAUGUUCCUGAGGAGUUGGAUUUGUCAUCUGCUUCCCAGAUGUCUCCCCUUUCCUUAUAUGGUGAAAGCUCUCAUAGUCCCUCCUCAGCAGAGGCACUGAAAGAAGAUAAGCCCAUCAUUGGUCCUGGGAGCAAAACUGAAAACGGACUGACUCCAAAGAAAAAAAUUCAGAUGAAUUCAAAACCUUCAAUUCAGCCCAAGCCAUUAUUACUUCCAGCAGCACCCAAGACUCAGACAAAUUCUGGCGUUCCAGCAAAAACCAUCAUUAUCCAGACACUACCCACGCUUAUGCCAUUGGCAAAGCAGCAGCCAAUUAUCAGCAUACAUCCUGCACCCACUAAAGGUCCGACCGUCAUGCUUUCUCAGCCUGCCGUUGUACAACUUCAGGCUCCUGGAGUUCUGCCCUCUUCUACCCCAGUCCUUGCUGUCGCGGGGGGAGCCACACAACUACCUAAUCACAUGGUGAAUGUGGUACCGGCCCCUGUGGGAAACAGCCCAGUGAAUGGAAAACUUUCAGUGACUAAACCUGUCCUACAAAGUACCAUGAGAAGCGUGGGCUCGGAUAUUGCCGUGCUAAGGAGACAGCAACGUAUGAUAAAAAAUCGAGAGUCUGCUUGUCAGUCCCGCAAGAAGAAGAAAGAAUAUAUGCUUGGCUUAGAGGCCAGGUUAAAGGCUGCGCUUUCAGAGAAUGAGAAGCUGAAGAAAGAGAAUGGAUCACUGAAGCGACAGCUGGAUGAAGUCGUGUCAGAAAACCAGAGGCUUAAAGUUCCCAAUCCGAAGCGAAGAGCUAUCUGUGUGAUGGUAGUGUUGGCAUUUAUAGUACUCAACUAUGGACCCAUGAGCAUGUUGGAACAGGAUUCCAGGAGAAAGAAUCCUAGUGUGAACCCUGCAAAUCAAAGGAGGCAUCUUCUAGAAUUUUCUGCUAAAGAGGUGGAAGAUACAUCAGAUGGUAUCAUCCAGAAAAACAGCUACAGAUAUGAUCAUUCUGUUUCAAAUGACAAGGCCCUCAUGGUGCUAAGUGAAGAACCAUUACUCUAUAUUCCUCCACCUCCUUGUCAGCCCCUGAUUAACACCACAGAAUCUCUCAGGUUAAAUCAUGAACUUCGAGGAUGGGUUCACAGGCAUGAAGUGGAAAGGACCAAGUCGAGAAGAAUGACGAAUAAUCAGCAGAAAACCCGUAUUCUUCAGGGUGCUCUGGAACAGGGUUCCAAUUCUCAGCUCAUGGCUGUCCAAUACACAGAAACCACUAGUAUCAGCAGGAACUCGGGGAGUGAGCUGCAAGUGUAUUACGCGUCACCCAGAAGUUAUCAAGACUUCUUUGAGGCCAUCCGCAGAAGGGGAGACACGUUCUAUGUUGUGUCAUUUCGAAGGGAUCACCUGCUGCUACCGGCCACGACCCACAACAAGACCUCAAGACCAAAGAUGUCAAUAGUAUUACCAGCAAUAAACAUAAAUGAGAACGUGAUCAAUGGGCAGGAUUACGAAGUGAUGAUGCAGAUUGACUGUCAGGUGAUGGACACCCGGAUCCUCCACAUCAAGAGCUCGUCAGUUCCCCCUUAUCUCCGAGAUCAGCAGAGGAAUCAAACCAACACCUUCUUUGGCUCCCCGCCAGCAGCCCCGGAGGCAGCCCACGUUGUCCGCACCAUCCCGGAGUCAUUACAAUAGACUCUGAGGCUGUGCCAGAAAACACGGUGGGACCCUGCCCCCGCUGCGCUGGAGAGCCGGGGAGAGACCUGUUCCUGUCUGCCCUCUUGGUGGCAGGCCGAGAGCUGCCUCGCAGUAGGGUUCCAGGGGUAGCAAGAAAAGUUGUUUUUCACCGUCUGCCCUUCUACUGGGAAAGCACUGAUACUCAGACACAAGGGCAGUGGCCUUUCUCCGACGGCAAAUGUUGCCUGCAUCCUCCUUGCUGCCUGGUGUCGAAUUUUUUCUGUACCUUCCUAAAUUGCUUUUCCUCCUGUAUUUCUUUUGUUUAAAUAGUCCUCUUUAAAAUAAGAUCUUCUUCCCUUCUCUGCCAUUUCACUUAUUGAUAAAGAGAUUUUUAUUUAUAGCUGUACAGCACACUGAUGUUUCCAGUAAUUAGAGUUUUUAUUAAUUUAAUGCAAAUCCAUUCUGGAUAUUGUGCUUAUUGGAAACAGAUUUCAAAACCAGAACAGCCAAAAUUGUCCCCCAAAAGAGUCAAGACAAUUGAGGGCUUUAGGUAAAAGGGAGAAAUCCCAAUUGGGUAAAGUUGGUCUUUGCCUGGGAAUUGUGGCUCCCACCUGAGCCGGCGUGUGCGUAACUGCGUGGGGCACCGGCACAGGGCAACGGGGUGGAGGGACUGUCAGGGAAGAGCAGGGUCCACGUGGGCCAAGGAAGGAGGAGCCAGCUCUGUUAGCACACGUUUAAAACACUGCAGGUUUU